GUUGAUUAUACACAGUCUCCAACUGACUACAAGAAUAUUUUCCUUAAAGUUACAGUGCCCCCAAGAAGCCUGGUGAUUAUGGGUGAUCGUGGAACAGUUUAUAAACCAGGAGAUCCUGUUGGACCUUUAACAGAGGGUCAAUCUUUUACUACUGUUUGUAAAGUGUCAGGAGGUGACCCUGCCCCUGGUGUAGUAUGGUACAGAGGGAACCAAAUCUACGAUAAAACAUUUAUUGGAAACGAACUCGGAGUUGUGCAGAAUACGCUUUCCAUCCAGAGGUUAAGUAGAGAGGACAUAGGUGUCACAUACAGAUGUCGAGCAAACAAUAAUAAUAUCACGGCUCCCCUGGAAUCAUCUAUCAAGCUUGAUAUCAUGUUUCCUCCCCUUGGAGCCAGAAUUAUUUCGGAGGACAGGCCUUUACUAUCAGGAAAAGAGUACAGUUUGGCCUGUAUAUCCUGGGGUUCUCUGCCUUCAAGCCAUAUUGCCUGGUUUAGAAAACACAAGAAUCACCAGGGAAUGAUACCAGUGACUACGGAUAAAGUGUCUGUGAGUUCUGACGGAAAUGUAACAACAAGUUGGAUAAGGUUGCUGGCUAAACCUGAGUACAACGGUCAGGUGCUCUAUUGCCGCGGCUCCAAUUAUAAACUUGAAGCUGGAGUAUUCGUGGAGGAUAGUAGAACUAUAUCAGUCUUCUUUAAACCUAAUGUAGAGAUUCGGCUCGGCCGUGCUGUCAAUCCAAGGGACCUUGAAGAAGGAGAUGACCUGUAUUUUGAAUGUCAUGUUGUGAGUAACCCACCCCCACACAGAGUUCUUUGGAGACAUAAUGUAAGAAACUACAGCUGUGAGGCCGUGAACGUUGAAGGAUCAGGAACGUCAACCUAUCUUAAUAUUGCAAUCAUGUAUAAACCUUCAUGCUCCACCAAUCAGAAGAAAAUAUACGGAGUUUCAGAGAGAGAAACAGCUCAUAUAUCAUGCAAGGUUGACUCCUACCCCCUAGCUGACACCUUCUACUGGACCCUUAACACAUCAUUAGGAGAUAAGGAUAUUCAGGACUCUGAUGGAGAUAUUUCCAAUCUGGCUGGUUCCAGUCUUCUCUCAUACAAACCUACUGCAAAGAUUGAGUUUGGAACAAUUCUUUGCUACGGAAAGAAUGUGGUCGGGAAGCAGUCUACUCCAUGUGUGUUCCAUGUUAUCCCUGCAGGACCCCCGGAUAGGCCUGAUGACUGCCAGAUUACCAAUCAAUCCACAAUGGGAAUUCGUGUAACAUGCCAACCCGGGUUUGAUGGAGGUUUACCUCAACGAUUUCACUUGGAAGUCAUUGGAGCACUCAAUCAUAGAGUUUUGUUCAAUGAAAGUCGAGAUCUUCCUAAUUUCUGGUUGUCAGGUUUAGAACCUGGAACUGCAAUAUAUAUCAGGAUAUCGGCUGAGAAUAGGAAAGGGCAAAGUCCUAUGGUGAUGAUACAGGCUUUAACUAGUGUCCUGCUUGAGGUUAAUUCCCCUGUAAUGAAAGAAGAGGGAGAAAAAGGGGAUGAAAAAGUUCCGAUUUUUAUGGUUGUUGUUGCAGGUUGUAUACUGACUGCUGGAGUCCUGGGAAUAGGUUUGGGAAUAACUCUUCAUUGUCUGGCUCCUGUCAGAUCAGUUCAUGCUUUGGAUUGUAGAUCUAGCAAGGGCCUUGCUCAGAUGGAGGAAGAGGAAGAACAAGAAUCUCCAGAUCUUAUUCAGCAUAUAUUUACAGAACAAAAACAAGAUGGAAGUCAGGUUAGAGCAGACAGAGUUCCUGGAACCACAAGCAUUCAUAGUUCAGAUUCAUCAGGAUUCUCAGAAAUGGCAGGAAGUUCUGAUGGAACCAGACCACCUUUGUUUUCAGAAGCAUCACGUCCUGCAACAGCAGAACACCAAAUACAAAGCAGUAGAACCGGUUUUGCUGAGAGUAGUUUUCAAACUGGCCGCCAGGGGGAAAGUUUUUAUCAAAACGGCCGCCAGGGGAAGAGUAGUUAUCAAAACGACCGCCAGGGGGAGAACAGUUUUCGAACUGGACACCAGGUGGUUCAGAGCCCAGCGGACAGUUUAAAUGGAAUCAGCUACGGAACAAAUUACGUCCACAACAAUUUACAAGGUUCCAAAACGCUUGGUAGGACUAGAUAUGGUCCAGCUUUGCAUGGAUACUCAACAUUUACAAGGGGAAACUCUCGUCCCUCCUCGAUCCUCCUGUCCGAUCUCCAGGAGCUGGAGACUCUACGCGGUGAAGAACCAGACCUAGCCACGAGUCUACGCAGUCUACACAGUCUGUCAGUUGAUAAACCAAACCACUACUCACCCAGCACCUUUCAACCCACUACACUCUCAACUUCAACCCUGAGAAGAGGACAAGGACAACCCUUAAGAAGUGGCGGAGAGCAGAGGGCGGAGUAUUUGUCAAGUUGGGGCGGAGUAGGUGGAGAUCGGGGCGGAAAUAUAGACUGUAGAAGUGGGUGGGGCGGAGAACGGGUUCUCGGGGCGUCGGGAAAUAUUUCUCCCCUCAUGGAAAGUGAUCGGGAAAGCUGUGUAUAAACUUUUUAAAACGCACACAACACAAUAUAUUAUUAUCAAGAUCCAGCUCCUUGCCUUGAAGAGUAAGGUCUCAAAAUAUAUUAGAAUUAUUAUCAAGAUCCAGCUCCUUGCCUUGAAGAGUAAGAUCUCAAAAACAAGUUUAAGUUUAAGGUUAGCUAAUUAUGUACAAUUGUAACACGUCUUUGUCAAAUAUGUUUUUAGCAUUCACAAAAUCAAUGAAGAAAAAAUUACCCCUUGUAAAGACAACUAGAAAACAAUUGAAUAGGUAGACACGACAUUUUCUCCUUAGCAAGCGCAUUUUAUGUUGUAACAAACCAAAUAGUUUUCCUAGACAUUUAUCAAUUUCUAAUUUAGCUAAAUGGGUCUGUUAACGUUGCACAAUUACUGUGCCUCAUGCUCAUUGGGCUUUUUCAAGUUACAACUAGAUUCUA